AUGAGACCCAAUGUUGUGAUUGUCAUUGUGCAUAGGAGGAAUUUCUGUCUAGAAUGGAGUAGCCUCUUAUGGCAUUCUAUAAGAGUUUGGAGCAGGUUUAUUUUUAUUGGUCCUAGUGAUCAUAUAUUAUUAGAUGCCAGUGCCACACACUCAUGGAAAGAUGCAUGGGUCGCUAAAGAUGAGCAGAAAUGGUAUUAUGCUCUACUUGCUAUACCAGUUGUUUGCUACAUUAUAGCAUUUACGUUAUCAGGAAUUCUGUUUAUUUGGUUCAAUCCUUCUGGCCAAGACUGUGGUCUCAACGUCUUCUUUCUUGUCAUGACCAUGAUUCUUGCAUUUGCAUUUGCUGUUAUUGCGUUGCAUCCACAGCUCCACUACCCAUUGCUCCUCUCUCUCCUCUGCAAACACUCUCCAUCAGCAACCCUCGACAUUCUCAUCCUCAUCCUCAUCCUCGGCCUCUUCUCCGGAACUUUCCUCAUCACCUCCUACUUCUCCUACAUCUUCCAGUCCCUUUCUCUCCUCCUCCCUCCUCUCUCUCACUCCUCCCCCUCCUCCUCCUCCUCGGCUGUGAUUUACCUAAUUGGGUUUUUGCUCUUUUUCAUUCUCGUCUUUGUUUUCUUCGAGAUCUGUUGUGGGUACAGAUCGAGGACGUGCGAGAACCCUAGGUGUAAAGCGUUGAAGAAGGCGAUGGAAUUCGAUUUGCAGCUGCAGGCCGAGGAGUGUUUGAGAUCGGCUGCGACGGCGGUGAGAGAGAUCGAUGAGCUGCCGUGGAAAGGAGGGAGUGAAGGGAACCCUGAUUAUGAGUGCUUGAGGGCUGAGCUGAGGAAGAUGGCGCCACCGAAUGGGCGGGCGGUGCUGCUGUUUCGGGCCCGGUGUGGAUACCCAAUUGCGAAGCUCAAGGAUUGGGGGGCGAAACGGGGGCGUCGGCACAAGAAGGGUCUGGCUCCAAAUGGGGGAGGUGUUCGUCGCUGAUCGUUCGUGUUGGCUCCAUUGUUGGGGGUCUCGUACAUAUGUUUCUCCUUUUACUGUCUCAUUUACCUUAAAAUUUCAUGACGUACUUUCUUCUGAAAACUUAUAAUUUUAAUCAGAACAAUUCUUUUAAUCUUACAGAUACUUCCUCUGCCUCAAAAUAUUAGUCUUUUAUUUCAUUUUUCAUUGUUCCAAA